GGGCAUUUUUUAAUCAGUUGUGAAGAGAUAAGUAAAAUUUUGUUAUAGGUAAAAAGUAACAAAAAAACAUAACAAUUAUCUGUUUUGAAGUUAGCCCGAUUUACUUUCUCCAAGAUAAAACCGGUACUUCGGCUGUGUUUAAAAUGUAACUCUACAGCUGCAUGCUUUCUGUUUUAGUUCAGGAUGAAAAGGUUCAAGUGAGACGCUGAAACACACAGUCUGCACUGUUGCAGCGAAAAGAAAUAUUCACAGCAGGAAAACAUGUCCGCGACGGCAAAAAAAGAAAAGUUCGUGGCUCAUAACUGGAAAAAUGUGCCUGGAUCAGAACUGAAAAAGAUGUCCCUCCUGCAAAAAGCUCGGUACCUCGCUUACGAGGAGCCGAGCAAGGAGGUUGUAAACUCAGUUUUGAUCUCUAAGCAGCGGCUUCGUGGGAGGGCACCCGUCAGCAGAAACCCGCAAAAAAACCCAGACCCAGAGGCAGAGGAGCAGCAGAGGAAGCAGGACACAGUGAUCGGGCAGCUAAGGGCUGCGGAAGCUCGCAACAGGGUGCGAUCGAUGAGAGUACGGUACCAAAGCAUGAGAGCCCAAGAAAUCAACCAUCUGAUUUCUUGCCAGCCGACGGCACAGAAAGCUGUUCGACUGGAGCUGCUGCUACCAGCCAAGCUUGAAAAGAUCAGCCCUGGCAACGACGCGGUAGAUAAACUAGAGAGGAAAAGAAUUGAAGAGAUUCUUGAAGACGAAAGGGGACUGACAAUAAAUCGAACAUGAAAUCCAUUGAUGUGCUUUUGUAUUAUAAUUAGUCACUGUUAGGUCACUUGCUUGACCAUGUACAGUGUAGCAGCUGCAUACAAAUAGGACUUUCUCAAGGUAAAGAAAAAGGACCUUAUAAUUUCUGUACCCCAGUAUCAGUAUCUUCUUAACAGCCCAUACAGCAUUUAAAGAAAAAUGUAAUAGACUGGGUUCUGCAAAAGCUAUUUCAGAAAGAGGGUACAAUAAUAAAGAUGAUCAAAUACAA